AUGGCUCUGAGCCAUAACUCUUUUAUCCGCGGCUUCAACAGUAUAUACCAACAAGCACCGCGGAUACAGCCUGAAGAUGAAGCAGAUUUUAUCGGGUAUGCACUGGCAUGGCAAGAAUGUGUCGCUACGCAUCAUCAUUAUGAAGAAACCGAACUUUUUCCAGCGCUUGAGAAAGCUGCCGGCAAGGAGGGGUUAAUGGAUGACGCUGUACAGGAACAUGCCACGUUUCGCGGCGGCCUGAAAACAUUCAAAGAAUAUUUGCAGAGAGAAAAUACAAAGUUUGUUGGCACAGAGCUCGUCGCUAUUAUGGAUUCAUUCAAAGAUGCGCUCCACAAUCACCUUGCGGCAGAGCCACCUACAAUUGUUCGUCUUGCAAAAUACCAUACUCCGGAGACGCCGAUCGAUAUUCUUGCUAUUGCUGAUGCAGCGGGUAAGAAACAAUUGAGCAUUGGGUUUAUUUUUAACGUCAUGCCCGUUUUCCUGCUCAACAUGGAAACAGUUGAAUUCGAAGGCGGCAUAUGGCAUGACGUCUUUCCUCCGUUUCGUGGUGUCGUCAAGACUAUCUUUACUAAAGGUGUGCCCAUGUGGAACUCUCGUCGAUGGCGAUUCACAAGCUGCUCUGCAGAUGGAACAGUGAAGCAGCUAGCUGUUUAA